AUGGAGCCCCUCCCCAGCCUCAAGAGCGUUUAUCGACGGCUGAUGGUCCCCUCAGAGGUGCUCCUGAGCAGCUCGAUAGAGGAGAAUCCGCUUUAUCCGUUUUCACCCGACUUUGACGAUCCGUCUGUGCUCGAGAUCAAGGUGCGAUACAGGUCGCUCUACAUUGCCGUAUUCUUCGCCACAGCCUCGCUUAUCGCCCUCGUCAUCUGGAUUCCGCUCGGUGGAGCAACAAAUAGCCUGUUUCUGUUGCCGGUGGCCGUUCUUGUCGCCUGUCUUGCGACGAUCUACAACGAUAAGGACAUACGCAUCUACACACUCUUCACGCGGCAGCUUGAGUACCAGUUCUCCCACAACAAGAAGGUGCACAUCCGAGGGCACUACUACAACAUAUAUAUCCGGCUUCGUAAAGAAGUUCGGUCGGGAACAAAGUAUUACUAUCUAGUACUCAAUGGCUUCCAGAUCGACAGUCGAAAGAUCAGCGGCAUAUCAACGAAACUGGAAGCGAUGAGAACACUGGGUCAAAAGAUCGCCGAGAAUCUCAACCUCAACUACUUUGACGAGUCCAACACGUCGCAGCACCAUGUCAUUCGGCACUUUCGCUCAGACGCCAAGGUGUUUUCCUAUCGCAGCACAGCUGCCACCGAGCUGACGGAGAGCCAGGAACUCGGAAUGAGUGACUGAUCUUCCUCAGAACCUGGUGCUCGAUAAACAAUCUACCUCGGAGAUGAUACACACUCAAUGUGCCCG